GUCUGGAAGUUGCUGACCGUCGCUCCCGAUCUGCCUCUACUCUAAAGAUAUGGUUGCCGUUGGACCGAUGCGGGCAGCUGUCCUGGUGUCCCUGCUGUUGGCAAUCCCGGCCUCUGCCACCACCUUCGGAGACGGAAAUGACAUUCCAACGUUCCUCCGUUCUUCCCCAGAAGCCUCUCCUAGGACUUCCCUUCACAUCUCAGACAAACGCAGCCUAUCCUUCAGGUCUUGCACGGGCGCCUACGACCGCGAACUCCUUGUAAGGCUCGACCGCGUGUGCGAAGACUGCUACAACGUGUACCGCGACGUCGGAGUGGCAGCCGAAUGCAGGAGUAACUGUUUCCACAACGAGGUGUUCCUCUACUGUGUGGACUACAUGUUCCGGCCUCGUCAAAGGAACCAGUACCGGGCCGCCCUGCAGAGGCUCGGCAAGUAGGUGGUUCCUCUUCAGCCAGACCUCGCCAUGCGACUCCCAAGACGACCAGACUCUUAUUCGGUUGCUUUCGUAUCCUGAUUAAAAAGGUAAAAUAAUAGCCUGUACAACAAGCCUCCAGUCUAAUAAAAAUAAGAGAAAUA